AUGACUGAUGGCAAUGAAAUACCCACCGGUGUUGUAGAGGUGGGAGGUGCGGAAGGCGGCGCCAUGGUCUUGAGGCGGGCUCGAGUGCGAGUCCAACGCCCUUCUAAUUACUUUGCUGCGCCAGCUUCCAUAAACGUUACUGCUGUGCGGAGCCGAGCGAAUUCUGUAGCACCGAGUGCUGCGAACAGCCCCCGCGUACGUCCCACUGCGCCGUCAGCCCCUCCCAGCGGUGCGUUCGGUUCCAGCGUGCCUGAGUUUGGCUCGCAAGACUCGAUCUCUCCUACUGGCGCGGCAACCUCUGGGGAUGGACCUGGAGUGACAGCAGAUGCGCAGCCGCCAUCUGCGGGGCAGCAGCUUCACCUUCCGAGACCGGCAGCCUCUGAGCAGAUGCGAGCUCAGUUUGCCCACGCGACUGCCUCUAUGGAGCGUCGCCUCGCUUCACGUACACAGUCUCGACAGGCCUCUCGCAUGAUUUCACGGCGCUUAUCUCCCCGUGGCAAUUCCCCGAGAACUCAUCCAUCUGCCGUCGAUCCAAUCCAAAGAAAUUUACUGCAAGCGAGCGCUGCGUUGGAACGCACCAAACAGUCCGAGGUUGAAAGCCCAGGUGUGACAAGGAGUGGCUCGGCUGACGUCGCGAAAUCAACAGCCUGCUUACCCGAUGAUGGGUCGUUUAGUGGCGUUUGCCUCAAGAGAAACCCGCUCGAAGCGUCCGCUUCUGCAGAGGCAGCUGCGGCGCCUUGCCCGUCGCACAGGCCACCUGGGACAGUCAGCGAAUCAGUGACUUCAGGCCCGGGGGAAGGUGGGAGUGCUACGAAACCACUUGUUCCCAUUCCUCGACGGUCUAUUCUUAGGACUGGUGACCAGACGGGAGAAAUGCUGCAUAGCACAGCUGAUGCGUCCGGAAAUGCCUUGCUGCCAGUGGCCAGUGAGCGGCGGGAGAGUGCCGGAAAGAACAAGGUCGACGAGAAACAUGCCGAACAGGUGCUUCAGGGAGUGUUGGAUUUCCUGAAAGUGGAAGAAGAGCAUAGGGCAUCUCGAAUUGCCUCCCGCAUUGCGUCGCGGGCCAUUUCUCGUAAUCCCGCGGGCAGAUCUGUGGGCAGCCUGAAGGAGCGGACCGACGUAACCCAUGCGGCAGCUGAAGAGCUUCGACGCCGACUAGAGGAGGAGGCGGCAGGCAGUGUCAAGAGUAUCCCCAACAAAAGCGCGGUUUUGAAACGGCUUGGAGGAAGCCGACACACGUCAGACGCAGCGGCGGUAUCCCGAGGUACAGGUUCAGAGGUCACGAGCGCGGUGCGGCGGGAGCGGACGGAACUGGACCAAAAGGCUACCUUGCUGCAGGCGGCGUGGAGAGGCUAUAGGACUCGGUUGUGGUUUGUGAGUGUUAAACUGACAGCGACGUUCGAGAGACAACUGCGGCAAACGUUUGGCGCAUCGAAGGCUUUUGGAUGGAGAAGUGAAUCGUCAUCUGAGGCAGACGACCGUCGUGCACGCCUAAUGUGCUGA